AUGUCCCAUCUCGCCGAAGACGAGAUGGACACGCUCGACCAUGCCGCUUCUGGCUUUCCGGCCGGGGCGGCGGCGGCUGGGGCGGCGGCGGGCGAUGCCGUGGGCGAGCUCGCCGGCAAGGAGACGUACGGGUCUCUGCCGUCGUGGAACAUCGUGGUCAUCUGCACCGUCGGCGGCGUCCUUUUCUUCGAGCUCAUCUGUCACCAGAUGAACCACGCAGCGGAGGGCAAGAGGCACGCUCAAGACCUGCUAGAGACUCUGUACCGAGAGCUCGCGAUUCUCGGGGUCGUGGCCUUCAUCCUGUGGUCCAUCAACGUCUCCCCCGCGGUCGAUAUCGAGUACGGCGACAAGCACUUCUUCGAGCAAAUCCACAUGGCGCUAUUCCUGGCGGCGUUAUUGCACACCUUUUUUGUCGGGGUGGUGGCCCUGUACGCGAGGCAGAUCAACCGCCGCUGGGACAUAUUCGAGGACGAUGAGAUGCGCAGGUACAAAGACCUCAAGCAGCAGCACCGCCGCACUGCGCAGAAGCUUGGCAUCCGGCAAGCCGACCUCAAGUACGGCAUCGGGACGUGGCGUGCGGCGUGGCUGACGGUACGACACCCCAUCCUCUUCCGCCGGCUGUCGGAGCUGUCCGAGCACGUGGGGUACCACGCCAUCCGAGCGCAGUUCAUCAAGUCCAACCAGCUACCCAAGAACUUCCGGUUCGCGUCCUACCUGACCAAGUGCGAGCAGUCGGUGGUGUUGGAGCUGGCCGGGGUCAAGGAGGGCGUGUGGGUGGCCCUCAUCCUCUUCGUCGGCGCCGAGCUGUUCGUCAAGGGCAUACUCGGGAAGGCCGAGUCGAGCGAGGAUGUGAAGCCAAUCUUCAUCACCGGCACGGUUAUCGUCAUGCUGGCAGCCAUCGCGGUGCACCUCAAGCUCAGGUCCAUCUACUACGACAUGAUCCGCUCUUACCAGGCCAGCACGGAGAGAAGAGACGACUUGAUGCAGUUCGUCGGACCCGGCACGUCUAACACCAUGCGCCAGAAGUCGCUGUUCUGGUUCAGCAGACCAGGGCUGAUGCUGGUGACCCUCCAGUCAAUGCAGUUCCUCCUCGCGAUCAUGGUCGGAGCACUCAUCUGGUUCGGCAGCACGGACAGCACCGGCUUGAUGAUCCUGGCGGAGGUCUUCCUUGGGGUCGGCGCGUUCGGCAUCUACACCAUCGUCCUACCAAAGUUCAUCCCCAAGUACACAACGGUCACGCACGUUGGCGCCAUGGUGAACCGGCACAUUCUGAGCGAAUGUCUGGUGAAGCAGAAGAGAGCCUUCCAGCACCGUGCUCUGCCACCGACCCUCCGUCAGGUGUCAGUGAUGGCUCGCAUGCAGGCCAAUUACAAGGGCGAGAACGGCAGGGUCUUGACUUUCCUCAGGAAGCUCAUGUCCGGGCAUGCUUGGCGCGAGUUCAUGCAGGUUCUGGUGACGGUUCACUUCUUCGUCGUGGCGUACAACAACGACCCUGUCAGGAGCGGCGUGGACACCACGCAGACGCUUUUGGCCGAGGUUACCCUUGGAUCCGUCGCCCUCUUACUGGAGAUCGUGACGCACUUCGUCGUGUGGAAGGGCAAGCUGUGGUUCCGCUGCAGCCUCUUCGCGGUGGGGAAGGGCGAGGAAACCCCCUCCCCGGGGGGCGGAUCCGAGGCCUCUGCCCCGGGGUACCCUUCCGGCGGAAGCCACCGCGGCCUCCUCGGUCACGCCAACGACACCGGCGGCGUGAAGGCGGAAAUGCCCGGAGCGCCGAAUCAUGGCGUCGGCGACGGCGGGCAGAAGCUUCUUUCUCCGCACACACAAGAGGGCACCAUGUACCCUAGCGGGAACUACAACUACAACGACAACGAGUACUACUACGAGGAGGAGGAGGACACGGCGUGCUCGCGCUGCUCCGUUUGGGCGUGCUUCGGCUGGAACGGAGAAGAUCAGGGCAAACGUUUCUUCUCGGUGCCACCGUCGGCUAAAGUAGGGUGGUGGAGGACGGUGGACCUGGUGCUGGUGCUGGUCGUUGCCGGCGAGUCGAUCGUGUCCAUGGCCACCUACCUUGCCGAAGGGGACUAUCGGGUAGUGCACGCCUUGCAGGGCCUCGUAAUCCUCAGGUGGUUCCCGCUCAUGUUCUGCCCCUUCCCUCCCGCGGAGGGCCACGACGACCUCCACGACGUCGGCGGGGCCACCGUGCACCACGACCCGCUCAGCCACAACGCCCGCGAGGAGACCCUCAAGGAAACCCUGGCCCUGCUGCGGGGCCAAACCAAGCUCACCGCAGUCUUUGACGGCAACAACAUGGGCCACGCAGACGGAGGGAACCUCACUGCGGGCGAUGAUACCGACAAGCUGGAAGAGAAGGGCGACGGCGGCCUCAUCUACCCGAACAGCGGCAGCAGCGGCCUCGCCGCAGGAGGAGGAGGAGGAGGAGGAGGAGGAGGAGGAGUACCGGGCGGCAUAGCGAACGUCGGCGUGGCUGUCGCCCUCCGCGAGGCCUGCGCCGCGCACCCGGACCUCGUCCGGUCCCACGGGCCCCUCAGCGCGCCGAUCCUGCGAGCCAUGGUAGGGCUCGACCCCCACAAGAUGGCUCGCAGGGAUGACGGCGCCCAGGCUCUCGACAUGGCGGCCCGGGCCGUCGCCGUCGCCCGCGGGGUUCCGCGCUCGAACGCCCCGGUGGUGGGUGGGGGGGACGGUGCCCCCGUGGGGGGGGCGACGCGCCUCCGCAGGCAAUCGUCGGGAGGCAGCGUGGGGGGGGGGGGCAGGGAGUCCCCGUCAUCGUCGUCACCCCCCCGUCGGAGACCGCACUUGUCGUCGUCUUCCAGCGAGCUUUCCACGUCGGAGGAGGAGGGGCAGGAGGGAGGGGAGCAAGUCUUGGGGGGGAAAAGGUUCGCACCCAAGUACGAGCCUCACUCGCGGCUCUCGGGGUCCAGCUCCCACUCCAAGGGCAGCGCCGGCGGCAGGGUCAGCUCGUCCAGCCGCCACCACCACCGCCGCCGCCGCAGCCGCUCGCGCUCGGCGACGGCGGCGGCGGGGGGCGAAAACCCCGUCGUCCCGCCCGCGAUCGAGGACGUGGAGCGGCCGGUGCUGCGGUCCUUCGCUAGCUUCGCCAGCGCGGGCGGGGGGGACGGGUCCCAGCACGGUCAACGUUCCGCCGACGCCGCGGCGACAGCCGGCGGGUUCCCGGUCCCAACCGGCAGCGCCGGCUCCGUUCCCUACUCGAGCUCCCGCCGCGGCACCGCCCGCCACGGCAUGCCCGGGGGCACGCACCACCGACGGCGGAGUCACGGACACCAGGGGACCGAUGCCGCCGCCAACACCUCCGCGGAGAAUGAGACCUCGGGACGGGCGGCGGGGGGCCCGCAGGUGGCGCAGGCUGCCACCCUGGUCGUACCGGACCUGGGUGUCGGAGGAGUCUCCGGGAGUUCGGACGUCGUGCCGGCGGCGGCGGCAGCGGAAUCUUCCGGGUCCGGGAGAGGGAGGGGCUCGUCAGCUCCCGCCGACCUUGAGAACGCGGCUGCGGGCGCGGGUGGCCGUAAGGCUAACCGUUCGGAGUAGAUUAAGCGGGUUCCGGUCGAUUAUUUGAUAGGUCUGGAUUUUGCUCUCAACGAUGGUGUCUGCGAGGUGGUCGUCUGCAUGCAGGGCAUAGUAGAGAGGGGG